GAUAUGUUGCCCAGCAUGGUUUCGAACUUCAGUGCUGAACAAUGGUCCUCGGUGCACCGGAUUCUGAUGGGGAACCGUUCAGAAGAAAAAGCCGCGGAGGAGAAGUUCGAGGAAGAGACUCAUCAGUUGGCGGCUCCAAUUCUUUUCCUGUUCCUCAGCUUCAUGUUCGGAGCGUUCGUGCGCUUCUCGAUGAAGAGACUGCAGAUCAACCUUCCAUACACAGUUGUUCUCUUCGUUUGUGGGGCAUUCGUGGGACUCGCGUCUCACGCGUAUCCCGAAGUUUUCCAAAUCUACACGAAGCCGGCGUCGAUCGAUCCCAAGAUCCUACUACAUGUGUUCCUGCCCAUUCUGAUCUUCGAGAGUGCGUUCUCGAUGGAAGCUCAUGUGUUCAUCAAGUGCUUCUCGCAAUGCUUGAUUAUGGCUGUGCCCGGACUGAUUAUCUGUGCCAGCCUGACGGCAUUCAUGUCCAUGAACUUGUUCCAUGCGUACAACGCUUGGUCGUGGCAUUACGCGUUCCUAUUCGGUUCGAUCCUCUCGGCAACUGACCCCGUAGCCGUUGUCGCGCUCCUGAGAGAUGUCGGAACUUCGAAGGUCCUCACGACGAUUAUCGAUGGCGAAGCUCUGCUCAACGACGGAUCCGCCAUUGUGAUAUACGAAGUACUUUUGGCGAUGCUCAUUCCUGGUAAUGAGAUGAACGCGGGAGGCGUCGUCUACAUGUUCUGCAAAAUUUCCAUCGGGGGGCCCGUUCUGGGCUACGUUAUGGGCAAGGUGACCAUCUUCCUCCUCAACAAGGUUUUCAACGAUUCAGUGAUUGAGAUCACGAUAACGAUCUCAUCAGCGUAUAUCACAUAUUAUUUGGCUGAAAUAACAUUUCACGUAUCUGGCGUGCUGGCGGUGGUCGCUCUCGGCACCGUUCUCAGCGCGAAUAAAGUCGCCAUUAGUCCCGAAGUUGAGGAAUUCGUUCAUAGCUUCUGGGAAAUGAUGUCUUACCUAGCCAACACCCUCAUCUUCAUCAUAGUGGGAGUACUGAUCACCGAGCAGGCACUCCGCUAUAUUGAACAAAACGAUUUGUUCCUCAUCCUCGUCACUUAUAUCGCUGUCACAGUGUUCCGGUUAUCGAUGAUCGGUAUUUUGUCACCGUUUCUGUGCCGCCUUGGUUAUGGGCUUCAAUGGCAGGAUGCCGUUGUCAUGACCUGGGGUGGACUCCGAGGGGCUGUGGGUCUGGCUCUGGCCUUGUCGGUCGCUCGCAACCCCUACAUCGAACAUCCAGAAGUUGGUCACAAAAUCCUCAUCCACGUGUCAGGUAUUGUGAUGCUCACUCUGCUUGUCAACGCCACAACCACCAACAUGCUGCUGAGAGUUCUUGGCAUGAGCGACUUGUCGUCGUGGAAGCGGGCAAACAUGCGUAAUGCCGUGAACCUCAUUCAAGACGUACAAUAUCGCGCUGUCGACGUCACGAAAGACGACGUAUUCCUGAGCGACGCGGACUGGAAUUACGUGAAGAACUAUAUUGAGAUAAACGAUCCAUACGAAGAAAAGGAACAACAAGAAUCAUCGGAGAAGAGUUUCAAAAUGGCGAAGAAAGGCCGGUCGCAAUCGAUAAUGCUGCGUCAGGUCGAUCUACCUCAACAGCAUCUCUGCGCCGAAUGUGCCGAUAAGCACCUCUGUUUCCCGUCCCUUCAAGAUCAUGAAGAUCUCCUCAACGAGGCUCGUCUCCGUCUCAUCAACGUGCAGAAAGUGAAUUACUGGCACCAGUUUGAGAAAGGUCUCCUACUCCGAGAAAGUGUACUCAAUCUGGUCCGUGCAGCCGACGUCGUCGCCGAUAAGCCCGGGGCGUUCUUGACGGUCGCCGAUCUCCGUUCAAGCUGGGAGGUGCAUGGGUUCCAUAGAUGGCUGCAAACGCAUUUUGUGAAUAAAAUACAAAGAUGGAACGAUUGCUCCCGGAAAGCAUCUGAGACCAAGCCUCGAUGCCGGAGAUAUCACAAUUUCGUCACCGAUCCAUACUUCCGAUACUUCGCAUCGCUGGUACUUUUGAUUGAUAUGAUCUGCUCAGUCACAGAAUUCGUCCUCCGCAUACACAGAGACCCCGAGAACCUUACGGUACAGACUCUGCGCUUCGUGAACGUCGCCUUCGUUGCUUUCUAUUGUGCGAAAUCGAUGUUGAGAGUUGUGACCUACGGCUUCAAGGAGUAUUUCUCAAUACGAUGGAACCGAAUCGAUUUCAUCCUGCUAAUCGUGUCCGUUACCUCGGUUUCUCUCGAGAUGAUGAUCGAGUUCGGGGAUUUCCAAAAUACCCCGUUCAUCGUUCUACUGCGCUUCACGAGGCUUCUGAGACUCCUAAACGUUAAUCGAUUGCUUCACAUCGCCCUGCCGAUCGGAAAUCGCAUUGCUCGAUGGGUCAACGAUAAGAUCAACGAAAGGCUAACGGCCGGCUACGACAUCGGUCGGGGAUUCGAAAUCGGGCAGCUCGAGGUCGCGAGAGUCGUGGAUCGCAUCGUGCAUUACAAACCGAUCGCUGAGCGUUUACAGCAAAUCUGCAACGAGAGUCGGCUAGACAUGGUUCGAGAAUUGGCCUAUCUGCAAGAUUUGUACCCGGAUAUCGCGGUGGCAGUGAAGACGCGGCGAGCCGCUCGACACGUCCUGAACACGUCUCGAACGGAGCUCGACGAUCUGAAGAAAGCCGGUCUGCUCGACGAUACGGUCUACCACGUUCUACAUCGGAAAAUCCAAAUGAAGAUGAUGCACCUCCGGUGCGCUCCGACCAGGAUGGACCCCCGACCCGCGGUUCAAACACUGAGGAAUCUGAGCUGGAUAGCCGGUAACGAUGAUGCGUUCCGCUACUUCAAAGAAAAUGUCUCCCAACGCCACCUGGUGGCGGGGACCACUCUCUGUCGCCAGGGCGACCUGUCCGACGGCAUCUACCUCAUCAUCUACGGCGUUGCCAAGGAAGAGGGCCAAGUCCACCUCGAUCGAGUUGACGGGGGUCUACCCGUUAUCGAUUCCUACCAUUGGUUCUCAUCGGAUGCCACGCAUUCGGCCACCGCUUCAACACUCAAAGAUAUUCUCACAACGGGCAGCUCUAUCGGAGAAAUUAGCUACCUCACGAAACGACCGCGAGAUACGAAUAUUGUUUGCGAGACCGAUGUUAAGGUCUAUCACAUCAGAGGCGAGGUCCUCGACGCCGCCUUCAUGUUCCAGCCCGAGAUCCAAUCGAAGUUUCUCCGUAGCGUGGCGCUUCGCAUUUCGCGAGAAGUCCUGUCCAUGGAAGCUAAGUGCGAGGAUUGGACAACGAACAAAAUUAUGCUCCAUCUCGACGAGGCUGUCGUACAUGACCUCUCCACGCAAAAGGUUUUCAACAUUUUACCUGGUACCGAGGACGUCAUUCUCGUGCAGGGCUGUGCCUCUGAUGGAUCCGGGAACGGAGACACUUAUUGUGGUCCUUGCUAUGUCCCCAAGACAGUCACUGCACUGAAGUUCGAUAUGAUCGCCAAACACUUUCCGAUUCUGAUCACGGUCGGAGGGCAGGAGGCCGAAGAAGGUCCCGAGGGCCGUCCGAACACCCAUCACGGAAUCGGAGUAGGAUCGCCGCACGGUCUUUUCUUCUCGUCAGUCUGGGCGGACAAGGUUCGCCAUCUUUCUGUGUCGUCUCAAUUUGGCAAAGGUCAUUUCCGACCUGACAUGAGUGACUUGAUGAGGAAGCGAUCGUUCUCGGAACACUCCUCAAAUCUGCGGAACUUCGCCGCGACUCGCUCCAAAACUCUAGGGGCGCCCACAUCGCUGCCACUCAACGCUGCCGAGCUCGAGAUGCGCGAGCGAGCCGAAGAAGCGGUAAGGCUUUUCCCAAUGAAAUUCACGAAUCCCGGUGAAUAGGAACGCGGCGGUACUAACUGAGAAUGAAAACCCACCCAGAGAGUCGCUGGGAGCACGAAGUCCGACAGUGAAGCGACGGUGAUAGUCGGUAAAGAGAACUACAUCAAUUCAGCUUUUGAACCCGACAGCUGCAGCAUUGUCUUCAACUCGGAUGAUGAGUACGAAGAGACCGCGAGGAACAAUGCUUUGAAGAGUGGGCACGGAAAGGACGAUGUAUCGCAGCGAUUGUAG